AGUGAGCGCUAGGCGGAGUCUAGGUAGGCUCAUUUAUGAGUAAAAGUUGAGCUGAGUAUUGAUUUUAUGGGAACAACAUUAACAUAACGUUUUGCGCAUUCUGUGCUUUGCUUCUGUGGUUGUCUCUGAGGCUCAGACAAUUCCAUUGUUCUGUUGCUUCCAAAGAAUUCGACUUGGCAAAAAUGUUGGGCGAGCCCUAUACCAGUUACUUCUAGGCUCCGAUCCACGUGGGCUACCACGUGAAAUUGGUAGUGAUUCCAGGUCUCCCGUUUUCCCGACGGCAUACACGAUGAGCGAUCUGGAAGAAACUGCGAAAUACUUGAAAAGGAAGAUUCGUGCUACUUCAAUUGAUGUGCAUCCUGUGGAAGAAGCCCUUUUGGUUCAAUAUGAAUUGGAGGCACAGAUUCUUGGUGAAGAUGGUGAUCCCAUGCUUGGAGACAGGAAGCAAUACCAGAAGAUUAUAAGAGUGAAGAGCUUGACAGGAGAGACUGAUAUAGAUUCACUGGCAGAAGAAAUCAUCUCUAAAUGCAAUUUGAUUCAUCCAAGUCGGUCGGGUGAGGUCAAGCAGCUCCUUUACUAUCUGCAACGGAGAAAGCUGACUUCUCAGAGUCAAGCCAAACAGGGGGAAGUCAAAAAGGCAAAGUCUCCUAGUCUUUGGAGUGAAACAAGCCCAUAUAAUGAGUUGCAGGAAACAGCUAAUCUCACUGAAUUGGAUAAUUACAUAGAGCUGUUGUAUGAGGAUGUUCCACAGAAGACCCAGGGUUCUGGCCUGAUUUUGCAGUUGAUGCGAAAUCCAGAUAACUUAGAGGAGUUCUCAGAGAAUGAGGUGUUGAUAGUAGCCUUGGCCCGUAUACUCCGUGAAGACUGGAAGAAGAGCAUUGACCUAACAACUAAUCUGGUUUACUGUUUCUAUUGCUUCUCUGUGUUCUCACAGUUUCACCAUGUGAUUCAAGAAAACAAGGUUGGUUCACUUGUGAUGGAUAUAAUCACCUGGGAACUUCAGCGAAGGGAGUUGUGGUCACAAGAAUUAGAUGCUGAAGAUUCUGCAAAAAAAGAUGUCACUCAUGCCAAGAAAGUCAUGGCUCUCUUGAAGAAACAAAAUCAACUUUUGAGAGUCUCCUUCUAUCUGUUGCUGAAUCUCUCUGAAGAUCUGAAGAUUGAACAGAAGAUGUAUAGCAAGAAUAUUUGUGGGCUUCUCACUCAAUCAUUGGAUCUCCAUGCCAGUUGUCCCCUUGUCACCCUCAUCCUCACUUUUCUUCAGAAGCUAUCUAUUUACAAAGAGAACAAAGAUAAAAUGGUGUCAUGUGGAGCCAUUGAGAAGGUGAUGGAGAUCAUGGAGUGCUGUGAUAACCCAGAGGAUGAUGUUAUAAAUCUCUCAAUACGACUCCUCUUCAACCUUUCAUUUGACACAGCAGUUAGGAAUCAGAUGCUGAUGGCCAUGGUUGUGGAAAGUGGAGAAGAGCAGGUUGAUAUUGAACUAAUGGCAUUGUGCAUAAAUCUGGCAGCCAACAAGCAAUGUGCCCAGCAAAUGUGUGAGGGAGGGAGAUUCAAAAGUCUCAUGGAAAUGACCCUCAAAAAUCAAGAUCCCCUCUCCAUGAAACUUCUACGAAAUAUUUCACAACAUCAAGGAUCUUCUAGAGAACUGUUCCUGAAUUAUGUAGAUAAAUUGACAAAACUGUUGAGAGGAAGUCAAAAUGACGACUUUGUUAUUGAAUGCAUUGGUACCCUUGGAAAUUUGGAUGGAGUUGGAAUCAAAUGGGUUUUAGAGGUGAGAAUUUCACAUGCUAGUGAUGUCAUUCCAGAGAGGUGUGAGGAUGAUGUUCUGUUGGAAAUCGUUAUCCUCCUUGGGACAGUGAUAAUUGAUGACGAAGCUGCAGCCAUUCUACUGAAGUCCCAUCUGAUGAAGGAUAUCAUUGACCUCCUGAAUGCCAAGCAAGAGGACGAUGAAGUCGUCUUGCAAAUUAUGUAUCUUCUUCAACAGCUACUGGCUAAUUCAGAAAUAAGAACAGAAGUCAUUACUCGGUAUCCAGAGGCUGUUCAUUACCUUGUUGACCUCAUGCAUGAUGCCAACAGUGAAAUCUCCAAGCUGUGUGAUUCUACAUUGGAUGUUGUUGCAAUGUGCUGUCCUGAGUGGAGUUCUCAUAUCCAGGAAGCCAAAUUUAAGCAUCACAAUGCACAAUGGCUGGAGAUGGUAGCAGGGACAACAAAGCAGUAUGUCGGUGAUGACACUAGUUCCCUGGAUGAUUCUUUGGGUGCAUAUGAUGCAGAGACAAAUCUCUUGGAUCGGGCACAGCUCUUCAACAGUACAACAUCGGAGCCAUUUGUCCACAUCCUCAAUCAGAGAUUGCGCAGUCAACAUUGUGACACAUGCCUCAAGCAAAAGGAGAGGUUGCUGCGAUGCUCACGAUGUCAAUUCAUGCAUUAUUGUGAUGACAAUUGCCAAAGGAAGGAUUGGAGCUUGCAUAGGUAUGAAUGUCAACCACUCAGAUCCAUUCAGCCCAAGGUCCCACCUGAUCUUGUUCGCCUCUUGGCCCGAAUCAUCUUCAAGCUCAAAAAUGGUGGUGAUAAGGAAAUUGGGACAAUCUCUUCAUCUUGGGUCAGAAGAUUCACUGAUCUCAUGUCUCAUAGUUCAGAAAUAAAGGAAGACACACAAAGAUGUGAACAUUUCCUCUCUGUGUGUGGGGUCUUGAAGGAAUAUCUUGUUGGUGAAGUCCUCCCUAAUCCAGCAGAACUUAUGACCAUGUUUGGCAGAAUAGUCAUCAAUAGCUUCAAUAUAGUGGAUGGAGAGCUUCUGGUGAUUGGAACAGGGAUCUACUUGGCUCCAUCCAUCAUCAACCACUCAUGUGCUCCUAAUGCAGUGGCCAUAUUUGAUGGUCCUGUCUUGACUAUUCGUACCAUAACCGAUGUGCAGGACUUUCAUUGGGACAAAGUUCGAAUUUGCUACAUUGAUACCCUGCAGACGACAAUGGAGAGGCAGGCUGAAUUACAGAAGAUGUACUACUUCCUCUGUGAUUGUCUUUAUUGCGCAGACAGAGAGAGGGAUGCAAAGAUGCGAUCAAUGAAAUGUUCUUCAUGUCCUAGUCCUGUCCCAGUGCCCAUGUUUCUUGUGUCCUCCCCUACAGAAGAUAUUAUGUGCCCUCGUUGUCAGCAUAUCAUUCCUGCAAAUGAAGUUGUGUCCUAUUUAGAUGAUGAAGCCUUCUCUAAGUUCCAGAUCAAUGAGAUGAAGAACAAGGAAACAAACUAUUUGGAUUGCUCUAGAUUGUGUCUGCAGCGACAGUCACAUUACUUCCACCAUCUCAACAUUUUCCAUAUUAGAGCAUUGGAUUCUGCAUUUGAUGCUGCCAUUUCACUUCAGUAUUGGGAAGAAGCUCAUCAGUAUGGUUUGGAAUCUCUUGAAGCUUAUAGAUCAUACCUGAGUGAAAACCAUCCUCUGUUGGGCCUUCAGCUUUUGAGACUUGGGAAGUUGGAGAUGGAGCUUAACAAAUUGAGCUUUGCUGCAUCUCAUUUGCAAGAAGCAUUCCACAUACUCAUGAUUUCUCAUGGAGAAGAGCACCCAUUGUUUAAACAUGAACUUCUUCCUUUAGUUCAUCACUUUGACGCUUUGGAAAUGGCUGCUGCGAACGUCGGAGGUUCCAGAGCCGAGUUCAUUGUUGGUGGAAAGUAUCGACUUGUUCGAAAAAUAGGCAGUGGAUCCUUUGGUGACAUUUACCUCGGGAUCAACAUUACGAAUGGAGAAGAGGUUGCUGUGAAAUUGGAGGCCACAAAAGCCCGGCAUCCCCAGCUUUUGUAUGAGAGCAAAGUUUACAAGAUACUCCAGGGUGGAGUAGGAAUCCCUCAUAUACGGAGUUGGAUCGAUAUUUUGGGACUAGGAUUGGGCCUCAGGUUCUUCGGAUCCUGUACGAUGCCGUCGAUGCACACGAAAUGUCGAAAUUCCUCUUACCCAAGAUCAUCAGUGCAGAGAUUCCCCGUGCCGGAUGAGAAGGUGUCGUGGUGUGCUUCGUGGCCUGAUUACAAACCCGUCAGCUACACUUCUCCUGAUAUCCUCGAUAAACCUUUUGCUGACCCCGAAAUUGGUUCUUCCUCUUUACGAUUGAACUCAAAGAUUCCCUCAGAGCCCAUAAACUUGCCUCAUCAUCAGCCAGUUGGACCUGAGCAUCUUAUUGAUUUUGAGACAAUUCAGCAUUUGGAGAGACUGUCACUAGUUGAUUUUGCAUCAGAAGAAGCUGUCAGACGCGUGGAGAAUACCAUUGCAUGUGCAGAUCGCAUGCCAGAGCUCUCAGAACUAGAGGGCAUUGAGCCGAUGGCAUCUGUGUUAGAGGAUCAACGCCACGCCUUGUUCAGACCUUUGUAUGAGUGGGACGAAAAGAUUGGGAAGAAUGCCUUGACUGCUCUCUCUGUUGGACCAGUCGGGGAGUUGCUCAGGAGGAAUAUUCUCUCUGAAUGGGUGUACAGCGUGGUGACAUCACGAGAAGAGAACAUGUACCUUACUUCAAGGGUUAUAUCUAGUCCCUCAAGAGGGCUCCAUCCUGAAUUUCAUGACACCUUUGAGCUCAACAGCAAAUGUCUUCCUUUUGGGAUUGCAAACUUCUUUGAGCAAAAGAAUUCUGGUGAUGUGAAAGACUCUACCUGUGAUGCAUCUCCACCUGAUUUAGCAAGAUUCUUCCAGCUAAGCAGCAUGGGACAAAUGCAGUUUCAGAUGUUUGUCCCUGCAGAUCUUUCCAUGCCACUCUUUGCUCAGUGGCAGCGACAGCGAAAGAUCUGGUGGAGAAAAGAAAGAUGUGCUAUCUUUUUGCAAAAGUUUUCAGAUUCUCCUGGUGAUAUUUCACUGUCAGAGAUGAAGUCAGAGGACAAUGGAGCUCUCCAGGUCUGUGUGAUGCGACAGCUUGAUGACAAAAAUGAGGUCCUUGAAACAGUCUCACUUGUGCCAUUUGAAUUGCUUGAGAGACACGAGAUGUUCAUUGAGCAUCUGGGAGGGACAAAAGCCAUGCCUCGAGUGAUAAGUGGAGAAGCAGAGAUGAGCAAGGCAUUCUUUCACUUCCUCUGGGAUGCAUUUUGCGAGAGAGCUGGGUGCCACUACCUCCGUCUCCAUCAUCACCUUGCUCCUUUCAAAGUCAGCAUCAUCCAUGACUCAUCUGGAAUUUCAGUGUUCAACUGUCCUAAUGCCUCACGCAACUACUCUUUUCGUCAAUUCUGGGACAGGUGUGAUGAACUGGGAAUCCCGCUGGUCCUGAUGUUAGAUAGAGGCACACUGAGCACUGGAAUCAUAAAAGUGAGGAGUCGGGAUACCACACUCAAAGAGCAAGUGCAUGUGAGCGAUGUGGUGGGCCUCAUCGAAAAACUUAUUUGCAAGUAAACUCACUGUGAUGCCUUUCUUGCUGAUUUGUUGCUCAUAAAGGCCUCUCCCAACAAGAACAAGUUACCCACUCCAAUAGUUUACAUCUUUUUGUAAUUACCCC